AUGACUGUGAAAAUAAUUUCCAUAUUUGUCGCGGUUUUCCUCUUAGCGCUACAGAAUGUAGAAACCCUGACAACUGCGGAUCGCAUAAAAGAUGCAGGCUGCCAAAGUGAAGAGUAUAAUGUAACCACCCCCGAUGGUUUUGGUAUAACAGUGUUUCGUAUUAGAAAACCAAAUGCCCCGAACAAUGUCAAACUACCUGUGGCCCUGCUACAACAUGGCUUAGUUAGCUCCUCCGAUUUUUGGGUGUUGAAAGGUGUACCCGAUCUCUUAGCCUAUACUUUAGUUGAGAAUGGAUAUGAUGUAUGGUUGGGUAAUACCCGUGGUAAUCCUUAUGGCGGCUAUCACCCCAAAUUAUCAACGGAUUCUCGAGAAUUUUGGCGUUUUACAUGGCAUGAAAUUGGUGUUCUGGAUCUGCCCAGUAUUAUUGACUUCGUAUUGAAAACGACCAAACAAAAUAAUCUGCAUUAUGUUGGUCAUUCUCAGGGUACUACAUCAAUGUUUGUAUUACUGUCCACCUAUCCGCAAUAUAAUGCGAAGUUGAGGUCAGUACAUCUAAUGGCUCCGGUGGCCUUUAUGGAACAUAGCACUUCUAAAUUGAUAAAGCUCUCCGCACCAUUAUUGGGUAGUUAUUCCUUUAUGACGCCAUUGGCUGGUGACAAAGCCCUAAUUGACAAUGUUUUCAUCCGCAACAUUUUGGGAAUUGAAAGUUGUCGUCGAACGGAGGGGGCUCUUUUCAUUUGUCCCUAUCUAUUAAUUGUGGGUUUGGGUGGUCGUUCAGACUAUACUUUGCAGGAUGUCUAUCCCGACUUUUAUGAAACUCAUCCGGCCCGUUGUUCCACCAAUCAAGCCAUACAUUAUGUGCAGCUUUAUAAAUCGCAUUACCAAUUGGCCAAUAUAAAUCCACAAUUUCCACUGCAUUUCUAUCACAGUAAAGAUGAUGCUUUUGCAGCGGUUGAGGUUGUCGAGCACUUGUCCGAUCUUUUGGGUAAUAAAACUGUUCGACAUUUUAUUGAUUUGGAUAAUUUUUCCCAUAUGGACUUUGUCAUCGGCUAUAAUAUUAAGGAUGUCAUUAAUGGUGAUGUUCUGAAUGAAAUGAAGCGGGUCGAUGGUUUGUUGCAGUAG